AGCCGUUUUGGCUGAAGACAAAUGAGUAGGGCCCUAGCCCCGACAUUCCCCCUCGCCGCGGCGCGUCGCAUGGUCUGCGCGGCCGUACGUGCAGCAUGAGCCGAUUCAGCGACGAAACGCCCGAUCAGGAACGCCUCUGCGAGUCGAACUCAAGCAGACAGUCCUCGGAGUCCUCAGAGUCUGCGGCGUCGCCGGGGAUCGGGCUGCAGCUGCACGCCCUCACCGCGCUCAACUUCGCGGCGUGCUUCUUCUGUGGUGGCGUCGUGUGGGGAUGGGGGCCCCUGCAGCUGUUGCUCGAGAAGGACGGCGUCUACGCUUCAAUGUGCCCAGCGGAAACGCCACGCUGCACUGAACGCAAGGAAGCCUUGCUGCUCCUAUUCAACGCAAGCGUGUCUAUCGGUACCUAUGCUCUGCUUCCUAUUGGCGUGUUGGUGGACAAAGCGGGCCCCAGAGCCAGUGGCGCAAUUGCAGGGAUCUUGCUGGCCAUUGGUAGUGCUCUGCUGGGAUAUUCAGAGGACGGCGGCCUGGAGGCAUUCAGCGAGGGCAUCGCCCUGAUUGUCAUCGGGGGGCAUCUUGUCCAGGCCAACUCUUUUCCACAGCCACGUGGUGCCAGAGGCCAGCGUCCCUUUUGUCAUGACAGGCGUGAACUGUUGUUACGAUGCGUCCACCACAAUCUCUUGGUUCUUGUACCAAUUAUAUCAGAACGCUGGCCUAAGUCGGAAGUCGACGUUUUUCUGGUAUGCAAUCUUCUGUCUCGUGUUGCACGCUGUGAUGGGCAUGUUGUGGAGCGGCGGCCCCGCCGCAUGCUUGUGCGCCGCUAAGGCUAAUGUGGCAGAUUCUGGCAUGGAUUCGGGCAGCGAGCGAACAGCACCGCCUCUGCACGGUCUCCCCCUGCGAGACCAGCUGGCAUCCUUCGAGUUCGCGUUUGCUUUGAUUUUCCUGUGCAUCCAGAGUUUCCGCUGCACGUUCUACCUGGGCUCCAACAAGUGGUUGCUCGACAACCUUGGCGACGCAGAGACGAACAAUUUCUACUUGGGUGCCUUCUCGCUGAUCCUCCCGUCUGCUAUAUUCUGCAUGCCUGUCAUCAGCUGGCUCAUGCGGCGCUACGGGUACGCGGGAACAUUUCUCACGACGGUCAUCGUCGGGGCGCUUUGGAACAUCGUCGCCCUGGUCCCGUCGCUCCCAGUUCAGAUUGUUGCUUUCGCGUCAUUCUCCUUGUUCCGGGCCCUUCUUUUCUCCGGGAUCUUCGCUUUCGUCGCGCAGAUAUUCGGGCCGCGCACGUGUGCCACGGUCCAGGGUGUGCUUUUUGUCGCCGCCGCGAGCAUUGGUCUAUUCGUCUGGCCGUGCCUGGUGUUCGUCGACCGCCACCUUGGCGGAAACCUAUCACCGAUCUUUGCCGUAAUCCUGGCACUGCUCGUGCCUCUGGUCGCCAUGUUGCCAAGACUGCAGAGCAGACUCGAGCGAGGGCCAGCCGCAGACUGCAGCGACCCCGCCUGCAAGCAGGGCCAGGACCAGUCUCUCUUGUAGCGCGAAUCUGCGUUGUUUCAGCUGCCUGCGUUUCCAUCUAGCCUCCACUUUUGCCAGACAUGGGGUGGCGGG